AAUAUUUCAGAUUUUUAAAAUGGAGAUUAAUAUUAUUCCUAGAAAGCGAUCAUCAUCGGAUGGUUCUAGCGGCGAGCGCGAUCUCGAGAAACUCAAAAGGCGGAAACCAAUGGUGCAAGCAGUUGGUGAUUUCCCUCCUGGUUGUGGAUUCAAAGAAGGUGAAAGAAAUGUUGAUCACUCAAAUCUUCAAAGCUUGAAACCCAAGGAAUUUGGUAGAACCUAUCUCUCUAGUGGCACAAGACCAACUGAAAUCAAUAGAAACAAGCAUUCAUUUGGCUCAAAACCUGCUGGAAAGGUUAAAUUUUGGGACCCUACAAAGGAGAGUCAUAACCAACAACCAAUAGUCACCACCACUAUUGUUGUAUCAAGGGGGGGAAAGCCAUUGAAAUCUUCAUUUGCCUCAACGGAACACGCGAAACGCGAAAAGAUUAAAGAAGCAAUGAGGGUUUAUGAUAAGGUAUACACAAAGCUAUUACAAGCGAAAAGCUUGAACUCAAAGGGAGUAAAGAUUUCUCAUUGGAGGGUUUCUAUAGAGGCUGCGAAGUUAGCGAAACGAACGUUGAAAUGGAUGGAACCCGAAAAGAGUUUAGGCCGAAUAUGUGGUGUAAGAAUCGGUGAUAAGUUUAAACACAGGGCGCAACUUAAGAUGAUCGGUCUUCAUUGCCAACCUUUAUCGGGUAUUGAUUAUGCUAAUAUUAAUGGGAAGAGUUUGGCAAUAAGCGUUGUUGACUCUCAUCGUUACUCGAACGAAAGCGCUUCUAGUGAUAAGAUGGUUUAUUGUGGUCACGGUGGGCUUGGAUUCUCGGGGCGUAAAUUGCCACGAGAAGAUCAAAAACUUAAAUGUGGUAAUAUGGCUAUGAAGAACAGUAUGGAUGAGGGAACGCCGGUUCGAGUGAUUAGAAAAGUUGGAGCUCAGAAGAAUGAGAUGUUUGUGUAUGAUGGCUUGUAUGUUGUGAGUCAUUGUAUACAAAAAAGAAAUGAAGGUAAGAUCAUGUUUUGGUUUUGUUUAGAUAGAGAACCUGGGCAGCCUCCACUUCAUCAAAUGCUGAAUGAGAAUGAAUGAAUGGUAGCUGUUGAUUUUUUU